AAAACCAUUGCGAACCGAACCACGUACCGGGACCGCGGGUGUCCCCCGAAAUCCGUUCCUACUCCAGCAGAAUCCGUUCAAUCUGUGCGCGAUAUCGUGUCGGUCUUGCCUUCGUGCGGCCAUUCGCUCGAACAUCCGUGCCGUGGACACUGCUACGUUGCUACUCCGGAGCGUGUUUCGCUGUGUGUGUGUCUCUCGCUCUCUGGCGAACUGUGUGCAUGGUGUGUGUGCGUGUGUGUGUGCGGGUCUUCUGUUGACGUUGAAUCGUUCCGUUCGGUUCGGUGCACCAAUAGUGUCAAUAGAGAAAGGUCGGAAGUGGCGUACGGGCAACCCUUGAAAAGUACGUGAUACGGUGAAGAACCGAGGGAUAUCUUCUGUACGGGAACGGUAACAGCAAUCUGCCGAAAAAUACCAUGACUCAUCAAGGCUGGCAUCGCCGUUGACUUGCAAGCAGAGCAGUGUGUGGUUGUUGUUGUUGUUGUUAUUGUUCCGUUCGGUGCGAAGGCAGCAGCAGCAGCAGCAGAUAGGCCACCAUAUCGCGAGAAAUUCGUUUUCUUAUCAUAUCGCAACCAAGCUCCUACGUAGUAACAUCCGCUGAACGGGGAGAGUGGGGUAUCACCGAAUGCAGUGAGAAGGCCGUUCGGUUGUUACCUUGUGCGUUCCAAACAUACGUACACGCCACACAGACACACAGACGGGCGCGCGCGCACCGUACAGUGGAGAAGCUGGGUCUGCGGCAUUUGGCUGGAAAAUUUACACAUCACACGUAACGCAGUGACGGUAUUUGGCCGUUCCGGUGGCAGCUGCCGCAACACCAUCAAAAAUCAAACACCAACACGCACGCACAACGUCCGCCCCCCUUGCAGCGCGACGGUACGGUGCGGCUGUGAUAUUUGGCCGUGUGGUCAACAUUAAAGUCGUAUAGGAAGCAGCGCCAGACGGCAGCCAGACGGUGGCGCCCGCGCGGCAGAAGCGAAGGGCCGAUAUAUCUAAAUAAAUCUCACUCACGUGUGUGUCGGUGUGUGCCUGUGUGACGGUGUGUGUUUGCACCAGCCGUACCAGCCGCAGGCGAUACAGGCAAAACCAUCUGAAGGCAUUGCAUUUUUCAUUCACGACGACCGUGAGUGAGCGAACGAGCGAGUGAGUGAGCGAGUGUGCACCUGCUCACCGUUAUCCGUCCUCCAAUCCCCGGUAUCGGAUCGUACGUCUCCAAAGGUGGUUUUUGCCCUCCCCCCCCCCAGUGCGGUGUGACAUUUCACAUUAAUAUCUCUCGGUUGCACCCGCCGCUGCACUAGAUGGCCACGACGACAACGACCGGGACCGGCGGGAGUGGUGGUGGCGUUGGCGGAGGACCGAGCAGCAGUGCGCUCGGUGCAAUGGCAGCCGCGGUCACGUCCGUCGCAACCGCCGCGAGUCCGUCGACGUCCGCCUCCUCGACAAACCUGGCACCGGCCCCGCAGCCCAUCACGCCGUGGCCGAACAGUCGUGACGAUUACGAGCUGAACGACGUGAUCGGUGUCGGUGCGACGGCCGUCGUCCACAAUGCGUACUGCAUACCGCGCAAGGAAAAGUGCGCCAUCAAGCGCAUCAAUCUGGAGAAGUGGAACACGUCGAUGGACGAGCUGCUGAAGGAGAUACAGGCGAUGAGCAGCUGCAAUCACGAGAACGUCGUGACCUACCACACGAGCUUCGUGGUGAAGGAGGAGCUGUGGCUGAUCCUGCGGCUGCUCGAAGGUGGCAGCCUGCUCGACAUCAUCAAGCACCGGAUGCGGACGGUCAACUGCCGGCACGGCGUGUUCGACGAGUCGACGAUCGCGACCGUCCUGAAGGAGGUGCUCAAGGGGCUGGAGUAUUUCCACAGCAAUGGCCAAAUACAUCGGGACAUAAAGGCGGGCAACAUACUGCUGGGCGACGACGGUACGGUACAGAUCGCCGACUUCGGUGUGAGCGCAUGGCUCGCGACCGGUGGCGAUCUGUCCCGGCAAAAGGUCCGACACACGUUCGUGGGCACACCGUGCUGGAUGGCACCGGAGGUGAUGGAGCAGGACCACGGGUACGAUUUCAAGGCCGACAUCUGGUCGUUCGGCAUAACGGCGAUCGAGAUGGCAACCGGAACGGCCCCGUACCACAAGUACCCGCCGAUGAAGGUGCUGAUGCUGACGCUCCAGAACGAUCCGCCGACGAUCGAUACCGGCGCGGACGAGAAGGACCAGUACAAAGCGUACGGCAAAACGUUCCGCAAGCUGAUCGGCGAAUGUUUGCAGAAGGAACCGUCGAAGCGUCCCACCGCCAGCGAACUGUUGAAGCAUCCGUUCUUCAAGAAGGCGAAAGACCGGAAGUACCUGACGCAAACACUGCUCGCGACCGGUCCCUCGAUGGAGACGCGCGUACACAAGGCCGCCAAACGGCAGGCCGGUGCAUCCGGCCGGCUGCACCGUUCGAUGACCGGCGAAUGGGUUUGGUCGUCCGAGGAGGAGGACAACGCGAAGAACGAGUCGGACGAUUCGGAAACGGAGGAGCGGCCCAUGAACCGGCUCGAGCGGAUGGAUUCCUCAUCCUCCGAAACGGAGGAUACGUCCGAACGGUCGGGCGUGACGGUAACCGGCUCGACCCAGUCCACCGAUCCGAAAACGAUCGAAGCGUCCGCCGCCCUCGGCGCGAUGUCGAUCGGGUCCGACACGAUGGUACCGGUCAAUCUGGUUCUGCGGAUGCGCAACGCCAACCGCGAGCUAAACGACAUUCAGUUCGAGUUCGUGGUGGGCAAAGAUUCGGCCGAGGACAUUGCGGCGGAACUGGUUGGCGCGGGGCUGCUGGACGAGCUGGACGUCGCGAUCAUGUCGGCGAAUCUGCAGAAGCUGAUCGAUAACCGGGGUACGCUGAAAACGGUCACGUUUCAGCUCCGGUCCGGGUGUGCGCCGGGCGAACAGCUCGACGAGAAAUCGCUCGUCGGUUAUGCGCAGAUUUCGAUUAAAUGAUGGGCCGGCGUCUGCAACUAACGCGGCUUUGCGGCACGUUUUUCCCGCGCUUGAUUGCCACCCUUCUCCUUCCUUUCUUGUUCCCCCCCACCCCCUGCGCCUAGGGAAACGCCUUCCCACGCCAGCCAUCCGUUGUUUCCCCACUUACUACACAGUCGUUUCGAUUCGCAAAUAUUAUAUGUAGGAUUUCGUCGCUUCAAACCGACCCUCCUCCCUCCAUCCCGCCCCGCCUAGGAGAGGAGAGGGGGUAGGGUAAGCGUUUGUUAAAACUUAAAGUUUGAAACCAACAACGGGGUCGUCGCAGGUCGGUAGUUUUCGGCGCUCUGACUAGACUAAAAUGAUACAAAAAAAAAGAUUGUUAAGAUAGCAAAAGGAUUCAGCUUUUAGAGAUUUGCCCUUCCCGGGUUGGGGGACGGCUAAUGGGAAGGAAGGAAAACGGUGGGAGAGGGGGAAGGGGAGGGGGUAAACAAAACGACCACUAGUACUAGUAGACGUAAUAGUAGCGGUAGUCAGUAGCAGUAGCAGCAGCAGAAGCAUUAGUUUUAGCAUCAACACGGGAUUGCGAGUGACACACACACAGAAAGAGAGAGAGAGAGAGAGAGGGAGAGAGUACGAGAAAAAAUCCUGAAAUGAACGAAAAUAGUAACACAAAGCGAAAAUUAGGCGCUCCAGCUUUGUUUGUACGCCUGGACCACCACACCGCCAGGACCGGAACGAACGAACCUCGCCUCAUUCAGAGCGAUCAGUGAUCCAAGCCUCCGGGAGCACGUGUGCGUGUGCACGGUCAAUGGUUAGCCUUUCCGAAUCGGUAAUAAAAACUAUAUAUAAAAAAAAAACGAAAACGAAAA